GUGUACUUGACCUGGCCCGGCGGCCGCCCCCUCCUCCUCCUCCUCCUUCGGUUCGUAUCCUCACUCGUUCGUCUUCGCUUCCCGCCCGCCCGAGCCGACCCAGCACCAAUGGGGGGAGCGUGACCGGCUUCCUGGACAAGCGCGACGGGAAGAAGGGCUUCCAUCACCCGGCCACAAGUUUUUUUUACUUUCCCCGGAACUGUCGCCGCACUCCCCCACAAAUCUCGCCGCGGCCCUCGGUGCUCUGCGCGAGCGAGCGAGCGAUGGACUUCGACUUCGACUGCGCCGCCGCCUCGCCCGGCGGCCAGUGGAUGGGCGAGACGGCGUCGCGGCGCCGGCAGCGCCGCCUCUCGUCCUCGGCGUACCUCACGCCGGCCUUCGACGCCGUCGCCGCCGGCCAGGGGGGCAUCUCCCCUUCCUCGUAUUCGUCGGGCGGGCUGGACCUCGGGUUCGACGCGUCCCUCCUCCGCCUCCGCCGCACCUGCUUCUCCGCCAACGCGGAGCUGGACAGCCGCCGCCUCCUCUACUCGCCGCAGUCACCGCCGCCGCAGCAGCAGGCGCGGACGCGGCGGAUGCACGCGAUGGCGGACCAUGAAGCGGCCUACCUCUAUGCGUCGAAACGUCAGGCUGGCGGGCUCACUGGUGCACCAGGUUUUCCCGAACUCAAGCACACAUUUUCCAACUUCCGAUCACCAGAUGGUGCCGUCAUCCUAGGAAACAAGCUGGACCUUAUGUCGACACCAAAACCUGGAGCGACACCUUCAGCGCAGAUGAUGGCUGCAGCAGCGCAGCCAACCGAGGAGGAAGACGACCUCAUAGCCGAGGCCCUCUACGGCCGCAGUGGCCGACGCAGGCUGCCCAUCUUCAGGGAAAUCUGCCCGGAAUAGAGCGAUGUGGCGACGCCAAUCCUCCCCCGACAUGGAUGAAAUGGAUUGCUUUGCCCUGCUGUAUAUUCCGAGUACCCUCCUGUGUCCAUAGACCUGUCAGAUGUGAUAUUAUGUUACUCCGGAAGGAAGAAGACCGUUUCAUAGUUUCAUUUCAUAGUGGAGAAUCUCUCGCCCUCCACUCUAGGUGAGAAAAUCAUGUUAUGGGGGUUUAGCACCCGGCAGCUGACCCAUUUGCUUGCCGUCUGUUAAGUUAAAACUUUUUUUUGCAAGGAGCUGCAACAAAAGCUAUUGUCCUGUAGGCAGGAGGGUUUUUCAUUGUUGGAACUGCUUAUAUUUUGUUAUAAAGACAUCUCGUCGACA